AUGAUAAAUCGACUCUUCCGAACGAGUUCUUCCAAUUCCGUAAACAGUCCGAAUGAAUUUGUAAUAAAUCAAGAAUGGAAGUUGAUUAAACGCAUUGGUUCAGGAUCAUUUGGGGAAAUAUUUCUCUCUUUAAAUAAAAAAACUAAAGUCGAGGCUGCAGCUAAAUUAGAAAUCAUCAAAUAUGGGAAUCCAUCUCAACUGAAAUUGGAAUACGAACUUCUCAAACGUCUAAAUAAUGCUUCUGGAAUUACAAAAAUUUAUUGGUUUGGAAAAGAUGGAGUUCAAAAUCUAUAUACCGUUCUGAUUAUGGAGCUCCUUGGGCCUAGUCUUGAGGACCUCCAUAUAUAUUGUGGUUUAAAGUUUUCCCUCAAGACAGUUACUUUAUUGGCAGAUCAAAUGAUAAAAAGGCUAGAAUCUGUACACAGAUGUGGUUUAAUCCAUAGAGAUAUGAAGCCAGAUAAUUUUGCUAUGGGAAUAGGCCAGAACCUGAAUACAGUUUAUCUUAUCGACUUUGGAUUAUCAAAGCAGUAUGUUGAUCCAACAACUAACGAGCAUAUUCCGUUUAAAGAUUUUAAGCAUCUAACUGGAACAGCUCGAUAUUGCAGCAUUAACGCUCAUGCAGGUAUUGAACAGUCAAGACGUGAUGAUAUGGAAUCCCUUGGAUAUGUUCUUAUUUAUCUCUUGAAGGGCAAUUUACCUUGGCAAGGACUUCAAGCAGAAAGCAAACGAGAAAAAUUUAGAAAAAUUCACAAGACGAAAUCGGCUAUAAUGCCUGAAGUUCUCUGUGAAGGGCUUCCGGGGGAGUUUCUCAAGUACAUCACUUAUUGCCGAAAUCUUUCCUUUGAGGAGGAACCAAAGUACAGGUAUCUACGAAGUCUAUUCUGGAAGAUAAUGGAUAGAAAUGGAUUUAAAUAUGAUGCGCAUUACGAUUGGUUUACACAGAAUUCUGAGUGA